CCGUCUAUUUUAUCUCUCCGGCCGCCGCCUCCGUCUGCGCCUACCUCUUUUCCCAUUCCCGCUGGAACCCUUUCGUCGUCGUCGCACGAGAUCCUACGGGUGGCGUCCGCAUCCGCUAUUAAACCUCCUCAGUCAUUGUGGAAUCAGUCCUCUCUUCCUUGUGGAUAAGUAUAGCCCGGCUUGUAUGAUUCCCUAAUUCGUUUAUUAGAUUAGAUCGUGCAAGCUAGAGCCCGGUAAGUGUUGGAUCGUGUUUUAUACCAAAUAAUAUUUCUUAGCACUGGAUCUUUAUCUUUUAUUUCAGAUUCAACAUGGGGUAUCAUCGAUAGGGAUCUUUGUUGCGAACAAGGAAAAAGUAGUUGACCUAGAACUUCUAAUGAGACCCUUUAUGUGUUGCAGAGGUAUAUACGGUCCGAGGAUAUGGAUAAAUUGUUUCAAUUUGGAAGAAAGGCUUGGUUUCUGGUGAGAGUCCUCUCAGGGUAUGAAGAAAGAAGAAUCCGAGCAUAUAGAUUGCACCUCCAAAAGCGAAUCGAGCAGGAAUGAUCAGAUUUUGCAUGUUUACGUUUUAGGUUGUGCUUUGGCAAGUUUGGCAGGUGUACGCAUGUCAUCACUGCCAGGUUAAAAUCAUCUUGAUUUAAGCACAGCUGCAUAGGAGACCAAUAUGGCGGCCUGUCAAUUAAGUGAUACAAGUAUUUGGCUUACCAAACCUACAUAUAUCCAAAUUUCAAGUUUCACGGUGGACUUAGACUUGUACUGGUUUCCCAAAUAUCCAUCGCAUUCACAGAUUCUCAGUGAUUUUCUGCUCAAGAAAUGGCUGAUGGCGCAAGCUAGGAAGGCAGAUCUGAGAACAAUUCCAGAGCAGGUCAUCCUGUCAGAAGUUCGGCGCAUGGUUGAGCAGAUGCAAGCACUCAAUCGUCAGCUGGUAGAAACUGAAGCCACGAUAGAAGAGUACUUCAAACCAAUUGACAAGAGUGCGGAGAUCAUCAUGAAUAUGCAACUUCAGAAAGACGAAAUGCAAGCCAAAGAAAUGUUGAAGGUAAUGCAGGAGCAGGCGAUGAUACAGAGAGAAAUGGCACAGAAGAAACUCGAAGUCAACAGUACUAAUGUCAGCCAACCUGCACCAGAAAAGGAAUCUAUGCCUUCAAACCAAGAACAUCUCAAGUAAUCCUAUACCAUUUUCAGCACAAACUGUGGCUUAAAUCAGUGGCAUGUUUGCUGUUGCUGAUUUGGUUGAUCAAUAAUACGUUAAUGCCUGUGUGAGAAACUGCACACAGCCAUACAACAUUUGAUGUCAUUGUAUCAAUUUUGGCUGUUGCUGAGCAGUAAGUAGCAUGUCCAAAAAAAAAUUGUCGACCCUUGUGAGCACUUGGAAGAACGAGGAAAUCUGAUCUCUAAAAGAAUUGCUGGCUUGUUAAGCAAA